GCUCUGCUACUGAUACUACUGCUACAUAAAUAGCUCCUCUCCUUGGCGUUUUCUCCUCAUCUCUCUAUAUGACACUGCUAUACUGAGAGAACAGAGAGGGUUCCUGUAGUUGAAACCUUGAUCUCCAUCUGGCCAAGAUCAUCGAUUUAAUUUGUCAACAUCACUGUUUCACCGUCCUCACUCCUCAGCAUGGGAUCUUGGAGACCAAGACUGCCUGGGUUUGGCGAGGGCUCACAGGCUGCUGAGCCUGGUGGUGGAAGAGGUCCUGGAAGAGGUGUUGGUGGUCGCGGUGGAUCCUACUAUCAGCAAUUCCCACAGGGUGGUCAUGGAGCAGGCUACUACCAGCAGAGACAACCUCGUGGAACAAUGACGUCGCAGCAGUGGCAGCCUACUGCUCCUGCUGGAGGGUAUUUGGACCAUGGCCAGACUUCCAGCGGAGUGCAGCCACCACACUACUACGGUGGUGGUAGAGGUGGACGUGGGGCUGGCCCGUCCGCCAUAGCUUCCGAGCUGCGCCAAGCAAUGGACAACAUCUCCUCACCAGAAGCAGGCUCUCCGGAGCUGUCACCACGCGCUCCUACAAUGGAAAUCACAGACCAGCUGAAAGAUAUGUCUGUACAGGAUGAAUCGAUCGUGCAAGCAUUUCCAGUGCCGAGCAAUUCAUAUAAGUUUCCUCAUCGACCAGGAAAUGGAAGUAUUGGCACCAGAUGUUUGGUGAAGGCAAAUCACUUCUUUGCUGAACUGCCUGACAAGGAUCUUCAUCAGUAUGAUGUUUCAAUCACCCCUGAAGUAACAUCACGUAUUGUGAGCCGUUCUGUGAUGGAAGAGUUGGUGAGGCUGCACAAGGUAUCAUACUUGGGAGGGCGGCUUCCAGCCUAUGAUGGUAGAAAGAGCCUUUACACAGCUGGGCCAUUGCCAUUUACUUCAAAAGAAUUUCACAUCACUUUACUUGAGGAAGAUGAUGGUUCUGGUUUGGAGAGGCGUCAGAAAACUUUUAAGGUGGUGAUUAAAUUUGCUGCGAGAGCUGAUCUUCAUCGUCUUGAGCAAUUUAUAGCUGGAAGGCAGGCAGAGGCUCCUCAAGAGGCCUUGCAAGUUCUUGAUAUUGUCCUGCGAGAGCUGCCAACGGCAAGAUAUGUACCAUUUGGUCGCUUGUUCUUCUCUCCUAACCUGGGGAGGAGGCGAUCCCUUGGCGAGGGAUUGGAAAGCUGGCGUGGAUUUUACCAGAGCAUUCGUCCUACUCAAAUGGGCUUGUCAUUGAAUAUCGAUAUGUCGGCUACUGCUUUCUUCGAGCCGUUACCUGUCCUUGAUUUUGUUGCACAGCUUUUAAAUACUGACAUCCACUCUAGGCUCCUCUCAGAUGCUGAACGUGUUAAGAUCAAGAAGGCCCUAAGAGGAGUGAAAGUGGAAGUUACUCACCGUGGCAAUAUGCGACGAAAGUAUCGAAUAGCUGGUUUAACAUCUCAGGCAACUCGGGAGCUAACUUUUCCCGUUGAUCAAGGAGGCACAAUGAAGUCUGUUGUACAAUAUUUUCAAGAGACAUACGGCUUUGCCAUCCAGCACACCUACCUACCCUGUCUACAAGUUGGCAAUCAUCAGCGUCCAAAUUACCUUCCAAUGGAGGUCUGCAAAAUAGUGGAGGGACAGAGGUACUCCAAGAGAUUAAGCAAGAGUCAGAUAAGAGCUCUUUUAGAGGAGACAUGCCAGCGUCCACAUGAUCGGGAGCGUGACAUAAUUCAGAUGGUGAAUCAUAACUCCUACCAUGAGGAUCCUUAUGCUAAAGAGUUUGGCAUUAAGAUCAGUGAGCGUUUGGCUUCAGUUGAGGCACGGAUUUUACCUGCUCCUCGGCUCAAGUAUAAUGAGACUGGUAGAGAGAAGGACUGCUUGCCUAGAGUUGGUCAGUGGAAUAUGAUGAACAAGAAAAUGGUAAAUGGUGGUAGAGUCAGGAGCUGGAUGUGUGUCAACUUUGCUCGAAACGUGCAAGAGAGCAUUGUUAGUGGAUUCUGUCGUGAACUUGCUCGCAUGUGCCAAGCCUCAGGAAUGGACUUUGCUUUGGAGCCUAUUCUUCCUCCUAUGCAUGCACAUCCUGAUCAAGUGGAGCGAGCUUUGAAAGCCAGGUUCCAUGAUGCCUUGAACAUGCUAGGACCACAGCGCAAGGAACUUGAUUUGCUUAUCGGGAUACUUCCUGACAACAAUGGCUCUCUUUAUGGUGAUUUGAAGCGUGUCUGCGAAAUAGACCUUGGGUUGGUUUCGCAGUGCUGCUGUGCGAAGCAAGUUUUUAAAAUGAACAAACAGAUACUGGCAAAUCUUGCUCUGAAGAUAAAUGUCAAGGUUGGAGGAAGGAACACUGUACUGGUUGAUGCAGUGUCAAGACGCAUUCCUUUGGUCACUGACAGGCCUACCAUCAUAUUUGGUGCUGAUGUAACCCAUCCUCAUCCUGGCGAAGAUAGCAGCCCUUCAAUUGCUGCCGUUGUGGCCUCCCAAGAUUGGCCUGAGGUGACAAAGUAUGCUGGUUUAGUUUCUGCUCAAUCUCAUAGGCAAGAGUUAAUAGAGGAUCUGUAUAAGGUCACACAUGUCCCUCAGAGAGGAACCAUCUAUGGUGGCAUGAUCAGGGAGCUGCUUAUAUCCUUCAAAAAAUCAACUGGUCAAAAGCCCCAGCGACUAAUAUUCUAUAGGGAUGGUGUCAGUGAAGGCCAGUUUUACCAAGUUCUUCUGCAUGAGCUUGAUGCAAUUCGAAAGGCUUGCGCGUCGCUGGAAGCAAAUUACCAGCCACAGGUGACUUUCAUCGUGGUCCAGAAACGGCACCACACGAGAUUAUUUGCACACAACCACAAUGAUCAGAAUGCAGUUGAUAGGAGUGGAAACAUACUACCUGGUACUGUUGUGGACUCCAAGAUUUGCCAUCCUACAGAGUUCGACUUCUUCCUGUGCAGCCAUGCUGGCAUCAAGGGCACAAGCCGUCCUGCUCAUUACCAUGUCCUGUGGGAUGAGAACAAGUUCACGGCUGAUGCACUGCAGACUCUUACCAACAACCUCUGCUACACCUAUGCGAGGUGCACACGUUCUGUAUCUAUCGUUCCACCUGCAUACUACGCUCAUCUGGCUGCCUUCCGCGCCCGUUUCUACAUGGAGCCGGACAGCUCGGACAGCGGUUCAAUGGCGAGCGCCCUUGGCCGUGGAGGGCAUGGGCAGUCGACGUCCCGCAGCACCCGCGCGGCCGCCGGUGGAGCCGUCAGGCCCCUGCCUGUGCUCAAGGACAGCGUCAAGAGUGUCAUGUUCUACUGCUGAGCCUGAGCUGAUGGAGUAUUAUAUAUCUGCGUCUGUCUGAUUUGCUUCUGCUCAUGUCAUCUCCUAC